CAUCUUCAGUUCUUCACCAACCAACGCAACUGAAAAUGGCGCUACAAAUCCAUUCUCCUUCCGCGUCUUUCACUACGAUCAAACCCUAUCAUUUUCUCAAAUCCCCUGUUUUCUUCUCCUCCACCAAACCAAAAUUCAUAGUCAACUCUGAGAAACCGGCCAUCGACGACCCCAAAGCCAGCAACGAGUCCGCCCCGCCCAAGAAACCUACCUCACCUGGCCUAGGGUUUGGUUCCUCACCCUCACCAAUUGCGAACCCUGUCAGCGGUAAAAAGAAGCAGAAGAAUAAAGGAAAUGAGAGGGCGUCGGUGAUUAGGCGGUUGCCAAUUGAGAAACCGGCGGUCAUGAGCCCAGAAGACAAGGAGAAGGCUAAAGAGCAGAGGACGAAUGAGAAUGCGUUUCUUCUUGCUUGGUUGGGGCUCGGCGCUGUAAUUCUUGUUGAGGGAAUUGUUCUUGCAGCUUCAGGCUUCUUGCCAGAAGAGUGGGAUAAAUUCCUUGUGAAAUUUUUGUAUCCAUCUUUCACCCCGACAGUUGGGUUGUUUGUCGCUGGAACUGUUACAUAUGGUGUAUCGAAGUACCUGCAGAAUGAAAAACUAAAAGAUCAAAAAUGAUAUGUUGAGUAUUGAAUGAUAUUUUCAUUAUCUGCAAGGUACCUCUCUUACUUGUCAUAGUUGACAUUUGAGUCAUUUCCGUCGGCAGUCCUUUUACUCAUCUUCCUUGAGGAGACUGAGAUGUAACUAAUAUGAGUAUUGCAAAGGUACCUUUAUGCAACGAGAUAAUACCUCCAAAGAUAAUCAUUUUAAGCCCAUCUAUGUAAAAUAAUUUUAGAUGCAUGCUGAUGUAUGUACUUGCCCUUUGUAUUUCUCCCUCUAUUGUAUCGUGGUCCCGAUUAAUUAUCCAGGUAUGGCAUGGUUUAGUUCUUCAUUUUUUGUUUAAUAUUGAACUGGAUCCCUCUUGAUGAUA